AAAAUGCACCAGAAAAAAGUGAAAAAUGGGAAAAUAUAAUGCAAGAUGUUGAACAAGCUAUUAUGCCUGGUAUAACACAUUGGCAACAUCCACGUUUUCAUGCGUAUUUCCCUGCUGGAAAUAGUUAUCCAUCGAUCCUUGGUGAAAUGUUGUCUUCUGGCCUCGGUAUUGUUGGUUUUUCAUGGGCAGCUAGUCCAGCAUGUACAGAAUUGGAAACAAUCAUGUUAGAUUGGAUUGGUCGUAUGAUCGAUUUACCCGUUGCUUUUCUUCCAUUUGAUCCAAAUCAUGAUUAUGAAGAAAGUGAUAAUGAAUCUUCUUCUCAAACUGAUGAAGAUGAUGACAUAAAUGAAGAUCAUUUACUUAAUUCAGUUAAGAAUAAUGAUGAAGAAAAACAAGCUGAACAUAUUGGUGGUGGUGUUAUUCUUGGCUCAGCAAGUGAAUGUAUUCUUGUUGCAAUGUUAGCUGCUCGAACAAAGAAAAUUACCAGUAAACGUCUAACUGAUCCAUUAAUUGAAGAUGGACAAAUUUUAGCGAGACUUGUUUGUUAUACAUCAAAAUUGGCACAUUCAUGUGUAGAAAAAGCUGGAUUAAUUGCAAUGGUUCGUGUUCGUCAAUUAGCUGUUGAUGAACAUUUUUCAUUACGUGGUAAAACACUUGAAGAAUGUAUUCGAGCUGAUAAAGAAAAAGGGCUAAUUCCAUUUUUGGUAUCAGGUACAUUAGGUACAACAUCAUGUUGUUCAUAUGAUAAUCUUAAAGAAAUUGGUGAAAUAUGUCAACGUGAACAAUUAUGGUUUCAUGUUGAUGGUGCCUAUGCUGGUAGUGCUUUUAUUUGUGAAGAAUUUCGAUAUAUAAUGAAAGGAUUAGAAUAUGCGGAUUCAUUCAAUACAAAUCCAAAUAAAUGGUUAUUAAUGAAUUUUGAUUGUUCAUGUUUUUGGGUUCGAGAUAAAUUUGCAUUGAUUAAUGCAAUGUCUGUUGAUCCACUUUAUCUUCAACAUAAACAUGCUCAACAAGCAGUUGAUUAUCGACACUGGGGUGUUGCUUUAAGUCGUCGAUUUCGUUCACUAAAACUUUGGUUUACAAUUCGAAGCUAUGGUAUCGAAGGUCUUCGUCAUUAUAUUCGAGAACAUUGUCGUUUAGCAAAAGUAUUUGAAUUAUUGAUUAGUACAGAUUGUCGUUUUGAUAUUAUUGGUGAUGUUACAUUAGGUCUUGUUUGUUUUCGUUUAAAAGGUAGUAAUAAAUUAAGUCAAAAAUUACUUUUAUCUUUGAAUGAUUCGGGUCGUAUACAUAUGGUUCCAUCAAUGGUGAAUGAUUUAUAUAUAAUACGUUUUGCUGUUUGUGCGAAACAUGCAACGGAUGAUGAUAUGCAUGUAGCAUUUCAUAUUAUACAAGAACAUGCUGAUAGUGUUAUUGCUGAACAUCGUGCUCAACGUAAUGGACGACAAUCAGCAUCAGCUGAUUCUCUUGAAUCAGCUAUUAAACAAGCUUCUAUUACAAAUCUUGAUCAAGAUAUAACUGUAUCAGAAGAAGUCAUAAAUCCAGAACCAUCAUUAACAGAAACAAUAUAUUAUCCAAUUACUAAAGUUCGAUCGAAUACGAUAACAACAAUGACACCACAUCAUCGUGUUACAUUUGAAAAACCAAUAUCAAAUUUAUUAAGAGAUAAACGUCCACGUCCAAUGUUUGUUCGUAUGGUAUCUGAUGCAAAACUAUACUAUCCAAAACGAAAUGCAUCACAAUUAUCUCGACAAACAUCAUUAGUAUCAUCACGAAUGCGAAAACGUAUACAAAGUGAGUCAGGAAAUCAUGCAGCAACACGAUCAUCAAGUGAACGAUAUUUAUCACGUACAGUAAGUAUUUUAGAAACAGUUAAUUCAGAUGAAGGUGAACUCGAGGAUAUUAAAUCAUAA